AUGUCGACCGAACGUGAGAUUGAGCCUACUCAAGGGACUCAACCUCCAGUCUAUGAUGAACCCGAACAUGUCACCCACCAGGUCGUGCUGAAUGAGAAGGCUGAGAUGGAUGCCGAUCUCGACAAGGAGAACCAGAUCACCCCCGAUGGCGGCGAACCCACACUCUCGGAGAAGACUUCUCUGCGUCACGUCGCAGAGAACCUGCCCAUCUCCGCCUGGUUGGUGGCUGUGGUCGAGCUGUGCGAGCGUUUCACCUACUACGGAAUGUCGGGUCUGUUCCAGAACUACGUCCAGCGCCCUCUGGACGGUAGCCAGGGACGUGGUGCUCUCGGUAUGGCUCACCAGGGUGCCACUGGUCUCACAACCUUCUUCCAGUUCUGGUGCUACGUUACUCCCAUCAUUGGUGCCAUCGUUGCCGAUCAGUACCUCGGCAAGUACAAGACUAUUGUGCUCUUCUGUAUCGUCUACAUGGUUGGUCUGCUCAUCUUGGUCUGCACUUCCAUUCCCUCUGCCCUGGAACACGGCUCUGGUCUGGGAGGCUUCAUCGUCUCGAUUUUGAUCAUCGGUCUGGGAACCGGUGGUAUCAAGAGUAACGUGGCACCCUUGAUUGCGGAUCAGUACAAGCGCAAGAAGAUGGCGAUCUCCACUACCAAGAAGGGUGAGCGGGUUGUCAUCGAUCCUGCCCUGACCAUCCAGCGUAUCUACAUGAUCUUCUACGGAUGUAUCAACAUCGGUUCGCUGUCUCUGCUCGCUACCCCCUACAUGGAGAAGUACAUCGGCUUCUGGUCCGCCUACCUCCUAUGUCUUUGCAUGUUCAUGGUCGGCACCCUGGUGGUGAUUCUCGGCCGCAAGUUCUACGUCGUCCGUCCUCCUCAGGGCUCCAUCAUCACUGACGCCUUCCGCGCGCUUUUCAUGAUGAUCAAGAACCGCGAUAUGGACGCCCCCAAGCCCUCAUGGCAGACUGAGCACCACGGCUCCAGCGCCGUCACCUGGGACGACCACUUCAUCGACGAACUCAAGCGUGCCCUCGUCGCUUGCCGCGUCUUCGCCUUCUACCCCAUCUACUGGGUCGUCUACGGCCAGUUCUCCAGCAACUUCGUCACCCAAGCCGGCCAGAUGGAAGCCCACGGUAUCCCCAACGACCUGAUGCAGAACUUCGAUCCCAUCUCCAUCAUCGUCUUCAUCCCCGUCCUCGAAACCUGCGUGUACCCCAUCAUGCGACGUCUCAAGAUCCCCUUCCGCCCCAUCACCCGUAUCGCCCUCGGCUUCGUCGUCGCCUCCCUGGCAAUGAUGUACGCCGCGAUCGUCCAGCACCUCAUCUACUCCGCCGGGCCCUGCUACGGCAACCCGCUUUGCGAUGCCUCCAAGGUUGACGGCACCGCCUACGGCAACCACGUGCACAUCGCGAUCCAGACACCCGCAUACGUCUUCAUCGGCUUGUCUGAGAUUUUCGCCUCUGUCUCCGGUCUCGAAUACGCCUACACCAAGGCCCCACCUAGCAUGAAGUCCUUCGUGCAGUCGAUGUACCUUCUCACAAACGCGUUCGGCUCCGCCAUCGCCGAAGCCCUCACUCCCGCGGCCUUCGACCCGGCCAUCAUGUGGAUGUUCGCCGGUCUGGCCAUCGCUUCCUUCAUCUGCGGUCUCAUCUUCUACGCUGUGUUCUACCACCUCAACGCACAGGAAGAUGAUAUGAAUGCGCUCGAUGCGGAUGAUUAUAUGCCUGAUGCGCCUGUUGUUGAGGCGCGUCGCGCUUCCCAACACGAGUCGAAGGUCGAGUAG